GUUUAUGUUUAUCGUUUGAUCAUUCAUUGUCAAAUUACCAGUGUAUUCAUGGAAGACUGGGGAAACCAUUAGGAGUUCACAUGACGAGGAAAAAAAGUUCUCAUGACGUACUUUCUUGGAUUAGUGUGCAGUAAACCAGAUUCCUGGUUCCUUGAGCCUAUUUGUAAGGACUAGAAAAUCCUGUUUAAUUCUGCUAUCCUUAUAGCAGCACAGAGAGCACUGUGGAUUUAGAUCCAGUUCCACCAUCUAAUAGCUGUGCCUGUUGGGCCAGACCCAAAGUCAGCAGUUUUCUCAAAUGCAAAAGCCGGAUAAUUACAAUCCUGUUAAUUACCUGUUAAUUACCUUCCAAAGCUUCGCAGGAGCUGCCGUUUAAGUAAAGCUGCUCUUUGUAAACUAUACUGUCUGUGCUACAAGAGUGUAAAAUCAGAAUUUUAUAAAGAGCCUAAAGAGACCUCAGAGAGUAUCUUCAGGUUUCUUAUGUUAUACCUGAGAAAGCUGCGACCCACAGGAGCGUGGCCGGCUACACCUCCCACAGAUAUUUACUGAGCACCUACUGUGUGCCAAGCCCUUUGCAGGCACCAGAGAAGCAGGUGUGAUCAACACAGAGCCACUGCUCUGGAGAUUCCAUACCACUGGUAGAGACAGAAAGGAAGUGGGCCAAGAAUAAGCAGGGUGAUUUCAGUUUCCCAUCACCAAUUUUUCUUGGAAUUGGACAGAUGGCAGCUACCAUAAUGAUACUGUAUGUGUCCAAACUAAAUAAAAUAAUUCACUUCCCUGAUUUUGACAAGAAAAUUCCCGUGAAGCUGUUUCCUCUGCCUCUCCUCUAUGUUGGAAACCACAUAAGUGGAUUAUCAAGCACAAGUAAAUUAAGUUUGCCGAUGUUCACCGUGCUCAGGAAAUUUACCAUUCCACUUACUUUACUCCUGGAAACCAUCAUACUUGGGAAACACUAUUCCUUGAACAUCAUCGUCAGUGUUUUUACCAUCAUACUUGGUGCUUUCAUAGCAGCUGGUUCUGACCUUGCCUUUAACUUGGAAGGCUAUAUUUUUGUAUUCCUGAAUGAUAUCUUCACAGCAGCAAAUGGAGUUUAUACCAAACAGAAAAUGGACCCAAAGGAGUUAGGCAAAUAUGGAGUGCUUUUCUACAAUGCCUGCUUCAUGAUUAUACCAACUCUUAUCAUCAGUGUCUCUACUGGAGACCUUCAGCAGGCUACUGAAUUCAAUGAAUGGAAGAAUGUUCUAUUUAUCAUACAGUUUCUUCUUUCCUGUUUUUUGGGGUUUCUGUUGAUGUACUCCACAGUUUUGUGCAGCUAUUACAAUUCAGCCCUCACGACGGCAGUGGUUGGAGCCAUCAAGAAUGUAUCCAUUGCCUACAUUGGGAUGUUAGUUGGUGGAGACUACAUUUUCUCUGUGUUAAACUUUGUAGGGUUAAAUAUUUGCAUGGCAGGGGGCUUGAGAUACUCGUUUUUAACUCUGAGCAGCCAGUUAAACCCUAAACAAUCUGUGGACGAAGAAAGCAUCCCUCUGGAUUUAAAGAGUUAGGAUCUGGGGCAGAAUCGCAGCCUGGCUUGCAAACUGGGAACAUGCAGCGGCAUUCCCACAUGUAGGAAUGUGGAUCCCGAUGUUCUGGUCAUGGGCAACACUUACCCCCUGCUUAAAGCACCACAGGAACGUCUGCAAAAUGCAGAGAGAAUCUACCUCAUGUGCUGCUGCACGGCGAGCCCUCAUCAGCCCUGAGAAAUGUAUUUGGGCAGAGCUUUACCAUCUGAAAGUGAAUCUUUCACAGUAAACCAUUGGUUAAAGGUAUUAUUUCCAAAGGUCUUGCACAGGCAGAGCACUGAACGGUUGGUGACCCAUCCAAAUAUCUGUGCUGCUGUUUGCCAGUACCUUGUGUGCUAAGAGGAGGGGAAAGGUCGAUGGUGUGAUUAUUAUCAGCACGUUGGCCUUAUUUUUGAAGGUCCCAGCCAAAGCAAAGUGCCAGUGAGAGCAUUAUUUUUUUCAGUUUAAGCAGACUUUUCUUUAUUUUAAUAAAGUUAGCCAGUUAGCUCCAAGUUAUUUGUUAGCUCUGAUUUCAUUUUAUAUGUUGGUAUCUUUUCCCAGUCAUCAAAGUAAAAUAAAAAAUAAUUUAUACUCA